AUGCCUGGGGGAAAGUUGCACUCACCCAUCUGGACACCGUAUGCCCUUUACGGCACGGUUGACUAUGUGUAUGGAUGGCCGGCGUGGGAUAAUCAUGUCGGUUUCUCAGCUGCACAGUCAUCCUUGAAUGCGGUGGAGAACGUCUUGUAUAUUUACUAUCUCGUUACCAUUAUUCGGAAUGGCGCUCAGGACCUCUUCAAAGCCCGCACUUUCGGAGAGUUCUUGGUUGGCUCAAAGUCCAAUACGGUAUCGGGGCCUGGAGUGGCCAAAGCAGUGCUGGUGUUGUUCGCAUCGACGGUAAUGACCUUGAGCAAGAGUGUCCUGUAUUGGCUCAAUGAGUAUUUCAGCGGAUUUGCAAACGUCGGACACAACACCGCUUACCGCCUUAUAGUGCUGUGGAUGAUUCCUAAUGGUUUUUGGUUGGUCUUCCCAACAUACAUGGUCUGGAUAUUAGGAAAGGAAAUCGUGGCUCACAUGGACCCAACGGAAGGCCAAUGA